AUGAAAACAUUGAUUUUCUUCCUCAGUAUCUUACCGAUUUUGUUAACGCAUGUAUCAUCGCGUACUCGUCUACAGAAAAUAAUAAUUAAUGAUCAUGAAUGGAUCGUUCCAAACGAACCAGGAUGGAUAGAUGUGGUUAGGGAAGCCGAUGCACUACGCACCAAACAUUUUCGUAAUUGUCAGUCAAUUGAGGAAUGUCGCGGUGUUACCGAAUUAUUACGUGAAGUAUUUCUCAAACACGCCGUAUCGGCAAAAUACUUCAUGGGUGAAACGAAUGCAGUUGAUACAAUAUUCAAAUGGGGUUGA